CUGCGGUCUCUCCUCCGGGUGGGCACCCCUCCAAGGUAGCAACUCUUCCCUGCCUGCGCCCCCCACCCCAGGGUCCCAUCGGUCCCCUCGAGCUUGCUGUCAUCGCCACCUCCGGCCCGGGACGACCUUUGGGUGAGGUCCGCGAGGGCCAAGAUGCUCCUCAAGCUGAUAACCCAGAAACACCCGAAGACAGCGGUGACAGCCGACAGUAACGGAAUUAGCGAUGCCUAUAAGGCUACACGACCCGAGCACACAGGGGGACAGCAGCCGGCUGGGAGCUCUGCACCCGACCCAGCCCCACCUGGCAAUACACAUGCACACACACAUUCCUCCUUCCCCUCCCCCUCCCCCAGCUGGGCAGGGGUCCCCUCUGGGGGCGGGGCCUCGCUCGCCUCGGGUUAUAAAGCUGUCCCCUCAGCCUUGGGUGCCCCAGACUCCGCGCACCAUGGCUCCCAGGCGGCCGCUGACGGUCCAGCUCCUGGCCGCGCUGCUUUCCCUCCUCUGCCUUCCCAGGGUCCGAGGCGCCGGAGUCUUCGAACUGCAAGUCCACUCUUUCCGGCCGGGGCCUGGGUCCCCCGGCUCCCCAGGCUCGCCGUGUGGGGCCAGGAGCUCCUGCCGCCUCAUCUUCCGCGUCUGCCUGAAGCCCGCGCUGCCCGACCUGAGUCCGGAGCUACCGUGCGCCCUGGGGGCUGCGCUCAGCACCUCCGGAAGCCCCGGUCCCGGGGACCCCACCGAUCCCGGGCCGCAGCUCUCCCUGGCCGACGGCCUCAUCCGUGUCCCUUUCCGUACCGCCUGGCCGGGGACUUUUUCUCUAGUCAUCGAGUCUUGGCGAGAGGAGCUGGAGUCCAGGAGGAAGGAAGAGUCGGGGGAGAAGCUUCUUGGGCCCGAUCGGAGUCUGCUGAGCCGGUUGGCCGGACGGCACAAGUUGGCGGUGGGCGGGCCCUGGGCCCGGGAUGCUAGGCAGGCCGGGGGCUGGGAGCUCCUCUUCUCGUACCGAGUUCGCUGCGAGCCUCACUACUAUGGUCCUGCCUGUGCCCGCCUCUGCCGCCCUCGGGACGACCCUCUUGGCCACUUCCACUGCGGGGCCAACGGGGAGCGUGUGUGCAUGGAUGGCUGGACUGGCGACAUGUGCUCCCGGCCCAUAUGCCAGGAAGGCUGCAGUGCUGAGCAUGGCUCCUGCCAGAGGCCGGGUGAGUGCCACUGCAGUCAAGGCUGGACUGGCCCCCUCUGCACCGUCCGAGGCCCUGACAGUGACUGCUCUGGCCUUCAGCCGUGUACCAAUGGAGCCACCUGCUCCAACCUCCCAGGAUUCUCCAGCCGCAGAUGCCUCUUCCCAGCCGGGCUGUGUGAUGGGCACCCGUGUUCCAAUGGCGGCAGCUGCAGCGAGGUGGCGGGGGACUUUGAGUGCACAUGUCCGCGGGGCUUCUAUGGAAAGCGGUGCGAGGUCAUUGGGAUGACCUGUGCGGACGGGCCCUGCUUCAAUGGGGGCACCUGUGUGGAUGGCGGAGCCCCCGCUGGCUACACUUGCCGCUGCCCACCAGGCUUCCACGGGUCCAACUGUGAGAAGAAGAUGGAUCGCUGUAGCCUACAGCCUUGUCGCAAUGGGGGUCUGUGCCUGGACGUGGGCCGUGCGGUGCUGUGCCGCUGCAGGCCGGGUUUCGCGGGACCGCGCUGCGAGCGCGACCUGGACGACUGCGCGGGCCGGCCCUGCGCCAACGGGGGCACGUGCGUGGACGGCGCGCACAGCUUCCGCUGCUCCUGCACCCUGGGCUUCGGCGGGCGUGACUGCCGCGAGCGCGCAGACCCCUGUGAGCCGCAGCCCUGCGCGCACGGGGGCCGCUGCUACGCGCACUUCUCCGGCCAUGUGUGCUCCUGCGCGCCCGGCUACAUGGGCGCACGCUGUGAGUUUCCAGUGCAGGGAGCCGCCCCCGCUCCGCCCCCACCCGGGCCCCAUCGCGGUCCCCCGGCAGCCACCCUGCCUCCGGCCUUGGGGCUGCCCUUCGCCCUGCUGCUCCUGCUGGCGGUGGUGGCCGGAGGCGCGACCCUCCUGCUCCGAGCCCGACGACGGAGUCCAGGAGCACGGCCCCUUCCUCCCUCCGCGGACCCCGCUCCUCCCACCCCGCCCCCGGCGGACGCACUGAACAACCUCCGGGCCCACGAGAGGGGCCCUGGGCACUUAAAAGCACCCAAGCACGAGCGGACGCAGCGGCUGCUGGAGCCUCAGUUAGGAAGGAGCCCCAUCUCCUUCUCCAUCAGGGCUGACGACUGGUGUCUUCCCGAUGACAGCGACCCCCGAACCAUCUUUAUCAUCCCCGACUCCUCCCUCUAUGGCAGAGAGGUCUAAAUCAGCCUUUCCCUGGACUUCUCUCACUGGAGAUUCGUGGAAAACAGAGACUUUUAACAUAUUUAUUCAGAGAUGCUGUUUGACAUUUCCCCUCUUCUCCCCAACACAAUCAAGGGAGGAGGAAACUGAGUCGAGAAAAGGCUCAUGAAGAAGAGAGCUACCCCAAUUCCCUUUGUGGCUCAGGAUGCCUGUUGGGGAUCAACUCAGGAGUUCUGGUUGGGGAGGUGGGAUGCCAGGGACCCCAUCUGCCACCUUUGAAUUGGGUAAAAAGAAUAUUUGGCCCCACCUGGGACCCCAUCUCUGCAGAUGCAUCUAUAAAUGAUUUUUAUUUUAUUCAAUGUCCAUUUCUUUGUGUGAGGUCCCAGGAUCCAGCUUAGGGUACUCAGGUAUGGGCAUGGGGGGAGGUGUGUAGGGUAGUGCCAGUCAGGGGCUUCUCUUUGGUUAUCCCCAUAAUGUUCCUAGAAGGUUUUUAGUUGGAAGUGACAGGGAGAGAGAUAGAGGAUUUAGGAAUCCUACUAUCACCCUCCAGACAGCCACAUGGGUUCUAGGAGGAUCUCCAGGUUUGUGGGACAACAAGAGGUGGGACAGAGGGCAAGAAGGAAGCUUUCUUCAGCCCCAGUCACAGACUGUAUAGUUCCUAUGUGAGCUGAUGUGAGGGAGGGCCACCCAGAGACCUGCGGGGAGAAACAACCACUUAUCUGCUCAAAGGGUCCCUCCACCCCCUUUCCUUGAAACUUCCUUCACUCCUCAUCAUCCCCAGAGUCUAGGCAGAAGGCUUGGGUUCCAGGUCCCACUGGGAACCAUUUGGCUCCAAGGGUUCCAAGUUCCUCUUCUCCAAUGGCUGGACCCAGAGUUGAGGAAGAGAGGUUACAGCUGGAUUCUAAUAAGAAUAAUAAAAAUGGUUUUAUACA